GCCCUUCUUUUCCUCGCGCUACUCCCAGUCAACAGCUCUACCCAGAGGUCUUUGCGCCUUUGUGCUAUAUCCUGCUAAUUACUUCACUAGAGGCUUUGCGGCCGGGUUGCAGCAUAGACAGAAGGGUUCCUGGCACACAUUUCUACCCAUCACCAUUGUACCAGAGGCAGUAGCAAAGAAUUCUGCCAAUCCCAGUGACAGAAGCACACUCUAGCUGGAGGUGGCAGAAGGGCAAAGGGAGCCUUAGAUUUCCAAGUGUUAGAUGGGGAUUACGAAGAUGAAUUUCUGAAGACCUGAGUUUCCUGAGCAUGAGGCUCCAGAAGCUCCUGGCCCUUCCCAGCCUGCAAUGGAUAAAACAAUGAAGCAGAAGCACCAGAAGCAGAAGCAGAAGCAGAAGCAGCAGCAGGGGUGGCAGAGGUAGCAAGGAUCUGAGCAUGCCAAGAGGUAUAGUGACCUAUGAUGAUGUGCAUGUCAACUUCACUCAGGAAGAGUGGGCUUUGCUGGAUCCUUCUCAGAAGAGUCUCUACAAAGAUGUGAUGCUGGAGACCUAUAGGAAUCUUGCUGCUAUAGGCUACGUUUGGGAACAUCUUAAUAUUGAAGAACAUUUUCAAAGUUCUAGAAGACAUGGAAGACAUGAGAGAAGUCAUACUGAAGAGCAGUCUUCUCAGUUUAUUCCAUGCGGUGAAGCCUUGGUACUUCACCGUUAUCUUCAAAUACAUAAAAGGACACACACUGGACAGAAAUCCUUUGAAUGUAACCAAUGUGGUAGAACCUUUUCAGGAAAUCGUCAUCUCCUAAGACAUAAAAGAAUACAUACUGGUGAGAAGCCCUAUAAGUGUAACCUAUGUGGUAAAGACUUCACACGACACUGUUCUCUUCAAAGACAUAAAAGAAUUCAUACAGGAGAGAAACCUUAUGAAUGUAAUCAGUGUGGUAAAGGCUUUGUAUGUCACAAUAGUCUCAAAAGACAUAAAAGAACACAUACAGGAGAGAAGCCCUAUAAAUGUAGUCAGUGUGAUAAAGCCUUUUCAUGUCCAAGUAGUCUCCUGUAUCAUAAAAGAACACAUACUGGAGAGAGACCAUAUGAAUGUAAUGAAUGCGGUAAAGCCUUUAAACGUUAUGGUCAUCUUCAUAUACAUAAAAGAACACACACUGGAGAGAAGCCCUUUGAAUGUGACCAAUGUGGUAAAACCUUUGCACGAAACAAUCAUCUCCUACAACAUAAGAGAGUACACAAUGGAGAGAAACCCUAUGAAUGCAAGCAUUGUGGUAAAGCCUUUGCAUAUUAUAAUAGUCUCCAAGUGCAUAACCGAACACAUACAGGAGAGAAACCCUAUGAGUGUAAUCAAUGUGGUAAAGCCUUUUCAUGUACAAGUGGUCUCCUGCAUCAUAAACAAAUACAUAACACACACAGGGGAGAAACCUUUUGAAUAUAAUCAAUGUGUUAAAGCCUUUCCAAACCAACCUAGUCUGCAAAUACAUAAAACAACACAUACUGGAGAGAAACUGUUUGAAUGCAACCAAUGUGGUAAAGCCAUUGCAUAUUCAUGGUCUUCUCUGAAUACAUGAAAGAAUAUCUACUGGAGAUGUAUAUUAUGAGUGCAAGCAAUGAAGCCUUUGCACACAUCUGUAGUCAUCAUCAUGGAAGAAUCCAUACUGGAUAGAAACUCUGAAUGUAUUUAAUAUGGUGAAGCCUUUUCAAAUUCCACAAAAGACUUUCAUAAUCAUCAAAGAGAAACCCUAUAAAUGUAUUUAAUAUGGUGAAACCUUUGCACAUUUCUACAGUUUUCAUCAUCAUGAAAGUACUCACACUGUAGAGAAAGUCUGUGAGUGUAGCAAUGUGGAAAAGCCUAUGUGUAAUAUGGUCCGCUGAGAUCCAACACAACUCAAACUCAUGCUAUGAAAAUGACUAGAAUUUAUUGUAGUGAAGCUGCUGCUGCUGGAUCAAGGCCAGAGAACAUACUUGAAGGCUGAACUGUGACCCUCCCAAUUCACCUCCUCACACUGAGCCACAGUGAAAACCAGAAAGGUCUGUGCCAAGUUACAGCUACAUUUCCCCACCAAACAGGAUUUAGUGAUAGGGGCUUUGUUCAUGGAGUUUACUAUGUCAUCUGAUACAGAACGUAGGUGUUACAAUCUAAUCAAUCAUAUCCACUGUUCUAUUGUGGUUAGGAACAGGCAUUAUGUUUUGAAGAGUAACAGAUGAAUAGAACAAGAAAUUAUUAGGGGCACUCAUUAUGUUUUCAGGAACAAAAGAUGCUCAAUGGAAGCUGGUCUACUAUUUGGAAGUCUCCAGCUGCCCUAGGGCCUGGGAAUUUGAACUUAGUUUCACCUUAUGAUUACAAAGAAGUUGAUAACAAAAAGGCAAUACUUAGGACAUAUUUCUUUUGCUUGUUCCCAACAUUUAUAUAUCACAGUCAUUUUGAAUACAUAAAAAAACCACAUUGGAGAGAAACCAUGCAAAUGUAAUCAAUGUGAUAAAGACUUUUCACAACACAGCUCUUUGCAAAUACAUAAAGGAACAUAUACUGGAUAGGAAUCUUAUGAAUAUACAGUUGAUUAAUUAGUUGAUGUAGUAGUGUGAAAAGUCAUGAAAAAAUGUUAUACUGCAAAGAAAGUCAUCAUUGUAAUCAGUGGGGUAUUAUUUUGUACUUCAUGGUAUCUUCAUACAAGAGUAAAACACUUAAUGUAUAAUCCAUCUUUUAAAGCCUUUCCAUAUUACAGUCGUCUUUGAGGACCUAACCAACUUUUAUUGAAGGGAGACUAUGACUAUAAAGGAUUUGGUAAUAUCUAUAGCUGACACACUUACAUUAAGUUACACAAGAUUUUUCUGGAAUUCUUUAUAUAUUUUGUAUAUUACUUGUCUAUUGGAUACAGGGUUAGUGAAGAAAUUUCCCCAAUCUGUAGGUUGCUGUUUUGUCCUAUUGACAGUGUCCUUGCCCUCCAGAAGCUUUUCAGUUUUAUAAGGCCCCAUUUGUCUAGUUUUGAUCUUAGAGCCUUAGUCAUUGGUUUUGUUUAGAAAAUUUUCUCCUGUGCCAACGAGUUUGAGGCUAUAUCCAAUAUCUCUGCUUUUAGACUCCGUGUAUCUGGCUUUAUGUUGAGCUCUCCAAAACACGUUACCCCAUUAAAAAAUGGGGACAGAGCUAAACAGAAUUCUCAGCAGACAGAUCUUGAAUGGCCGAGAAGCAAAGAGUUGUUCAACAUCCUUAGUCAUCAGGGAAAUGCAAAUCAAAAUGAUCGAGAUUUUACCUUACACCCAUCAGAAUGGCAAAGAUCAAAAACUUAAGUGACAGCACAUGCUGGUGAGGAAGUGGAGGAAGAGGAACACUCCCCCACUGCUGGUACAAUUGCAAACUGGUGUAAACACUCUGGAAAUCAUUCUGGCAGUUACUCAGGAAAUUGGAAAUUGAUCUACCUAAAGACCCAGCUGUACCACUCAUGGCCAUAUACCCAAAAGAGAUGGGCCCACCCAUCCAUCUUCAAAAAUGUAACCCAGAAUUGUUCCUGUAUAAAGGAAGUGCAUGGAUAAAAAUGGAGCAGAGACUGAAGGAAAGGCCAUCGAGUGACCUGCCGCAUCCCAUGGGCCUGCAUCAGACACUGACACUAUUACUGAUGCCAUGCUGUGCUUGCAAAUAGAAGUCUAGCCUGACCGUCCUCUGAGAGGCUCUACCAGAAACUAAGACUGAUGUACAUACUUAUAGCCAACCAUUAGAGGUCAGGGACAGUAAUGGAAGAGUUAGUGGGAAGAUUGAAGAAGCUGGAGGUGACAACCCCAUAGGAAGAACAAUAGUAUCAACUAACCUGGACCUUCAGAGCCCCUAGAGACUAAGACCCCGACCAACGAGCAUACAUGGGCAUGUCCUUGGCCCCAGACACAUAUAUAGCAAAGGACUGCCUGGUCUGGUUUCUGGGAGUCUGAUCCUGUAGAGACUUGCUGCCCCAUGGAACUGGGAUGCUGGGGGGAGGGUGAGGUUGUGGGGAUUGGGUGCAGGGAAUGCUUGUGGGUGGGGGAAAAGACCACAAAUGUGGGCAACAUUUGGAAUGUAAAUAAAUAUAAUAUUUUAAUAAAAAAGCAAAUUUUUUCUGAAGAAUAAAA